CGACCUGCAGGAGGAAGGCAAAAAUGCCAUCAACUCGCCGAUGUCCCCCGCCGCGGCGGACCUGCACCCUGAGGACACCCUGCUAGAGGAGAACGAGGAGCGCACGAUGAUCGACCCCACCUCCAGGGACAACCCCAAGUUCAAGGAGCUGGUCAAGGUCCUCAUCGACUGGAUCAACGAUGUCCUGGUGGAGGAGCGGAUCAUCGUGAAGCAGCUGGAGGAAGACCUUUACGACGGCCAGGUGCUGCAGAAGCUCCUGGAGAAGCUGGCGGCCUGCAAGCUGAACGUGGCCGAGGUGACGCAGUCCGAGAUAGGGCAGAAGCAGAAGCUGCAGACGGUGCUGGAGGCCGUGCAGGAGCUGCUGCGGCCCCACGGCUGGGCGCUGCGGUGGUCGGUGGACGCCAUCCACGGGAAGAACCUGGUGGCCAUCCUGCACCUGCUCGUGUCCCUGGCCACGCACUUCCGCGCCCCGAUCCGGCUCCCCGAGCAUGUCUCCGUGCAGGUGGUGGUCGUGCGGAAGCGGGAAGGCCUGCUGCACUCCAGCCACAUCACGGAGGAGCUGACCACGACCACGGAGCAGAUGAUGGGGCGCUUUGAGCGCGACGCCUUCGACACCCUCUUCGACCACGCCCCGGACAAGCUGAGCCUGGUGAAGGAGUCCCUCAUCACCUUUGUGAACAAGCACCUGAACAAGCUGAAUUUGGAGGUGACGGAACUGGAGACUCAGUUUGCAGACGGCGUGUACCUGGUUCUGCUCAUCGGCCUGCUGGAGGACUACUUCGUGCCCCUGCACAACUUCUACCUGACCCCGGACGGCUUCGACCAGAAGGUCCACAACGUGUCCUUCGCCUUCGAGCUGAUGCUGGACGGGGGGCUCAGUAAACCCAAGGCCCGGCCGGAAGAUGUGGUGAACCUGGACCUCAAGUCCACCCUUCGGGUCCUUUACAACCUGUUCAACAAGUACAAGAACGCGGAGUGACCUCGCAGCGAUGCCCCUGUGUCUCCCCGCCCCCCCCGA